GCCUACGACACGCGGCUCAGCCAUGAAUCCUUGCGACCAUCCUCAUGGGGGUAAAGAAAAGCAGCCUAUUGGUCAUGAUGCACCACAUAGAGGUUCAGUAAUUCCACCAGAGGCGAUAGGUCAAAUUGCCCUUAUUCAUAAUGGCAAAACGUUUUUUAAACGCCAAGUUACCCAAAAUAUGUAA